AUGGAUAUGCCGGCUAAGGAGGCUGAACUGCUCCAAUGGAUUGAGGACUUUGGGGAGCAGUACGAACAAGGAUCUUUGGAGUGCUGGACCUUGAAUAGGAUAUGCCAACUUCUGGAGCGGUCUAAAGAUGACACCCUUGGAGUGAUCGAGGCGAUUGAGGCUGUUCUGGCUGGUUUCCGCAAACAGAAUCCUGGUCCCAAGUCCCUCCUCAUAGGUCAAGCCAACAUAACUUCGUACCGAAGCGAAGUGCGUACUUGGUUGCUGGACCGUGACGAAUCCAUCUGGCUGUUGCAAGAAACCCAUGUCCCUGAAUCAGGUACUAAAGCCCUGGUCAAUAAAUUCCAAUCUGUUGGCAGACAAACAUGGGUAGGGCCGGCCGCUCUGACCCAGGGAGGAAGCUCAGGAGGACUUCUCACUCUUGCACCCUCGCAUCGCAAUGCUGCCACAGGCCCGGCCUUUAUGUCUGAAGGCAAGGGGUUUGUUUCUGUUUCGAUUCGAUUUCAGGGCUGGGAUCUCUUGUUAGUUAACUUGUAUCUCCAGUCAGGAGUGGGCCCGACUGGUGGACUCAACCCGGAGAUCCUUUCUCGUCUGGCAGCGGUCCUUGACCAAACCAGCACCCAGUGGCUGGUGCUUGGUGACUGGAAUUGUUCCCCGUCCGAAUUGCUCCGCCUAGGGUUUGUUUAUAAAGUGAAGGGCCAGGUUGUCGCCCCUAAUGGUCCUACCAUUAACACUGGAGGCACCUUGGAUUAUGCUGUUGCCUCCAAGAGGAUGGCCCCAUUGCUCUCCGUCUCGUCCUCUUGGGAUGUCCCAUUCAAACCGCAUUGCGCUGUGACGGUGGAGCUCAGGGUUGGGGUUGCAGAUCUGCCUGUUCGUCAGCUCAAGGGCUUCCCGUUGGAACCCACUGCCCUCUGCCCGGACGAAUUGUCCAUGCCGGAAGUCCAACCUGGUGGCCUUUGGGAUUGGUCCCGACCGAUUGAUUAUGAAUGGGCUUCUUUCACUGCUGGGGUGGAAGAACAACUCUUCUCUGUGCAGGCAGGUAGAGGGUGGAAGCUGGAGGUCUCUUUCUCGCCACUCGUGAAGACCACCAGCCCGGAAAAACUCUGGAAAGGGUCGAGCCCGGCUUUUUGGCAAUCCUUCCUCACCUGGACCUCUAAAGCCCUGGGCACUAAUCCUGACCCUAGAAUCACCCCCCUCUUCGUGGAGGCGAAGAAUCGCAUACCUGAAUUCUGGUCUGAAAUGGCCUCUUGUACUGCUCAGGCCUUGCAGGACCUCCUAGGUGCUCCUGACAUGCAAAGCCAUCACCUUGCACUUGAGAUUAUCGCACACCAGGGGCGAUCAGCCUUGAAAGAGGCGGUGCGCAAGAGUGAUGAAGCUUACUCGCAAUGGUUGCAGGAAGCUUGCAAAGGGGGUAUGCGAGGCCUGUACAAGGCUUUGAAGUCUGAAGAUUCCAUCCCGGACAGGCCAUACAGAAACAUACCACUCGAAAUUCGCCCGCACAUCAGGCGGGCUCACUGGGCUGACGUGUGGCAGCCCAUGCCUGGCAAUGAGGUCAAUCCCAAUGUUGAUUUUGAUUGCCUCAGGGAUGCUUCUGUAAGCCAAGCCAUAACCCUUCCCCCCAUAACAGGUCCAAUGGUGGCGAAGGUGAUCAAACGAAUGCCGACUAAAGCUAUUGGUGCAGAUGGGUGGAGUGUCCAGAUGCUUAAAUGUCUUGCCCCCUUGCAGCUUGAAAGAUUGGCCCAAUUCUUUAAUACCUGGGAGGGUCAGGGUGCCUUCCCGACCCAGCUCUCGGUUGUUCUGGUUGCACUCAUUAACAAGUCUGAGGAUGAGGAGCGCCCAAUUGGACUGACGCCAGUCCCAUACCGAUUGUGGGCAAAGAUACGUUGGCCUGUCUUUGAGAAAUGGCUCCGGGAAUAUGCUGCCACCCAGGAUUGGGACAGGGCAAAGAAGGGCCUUUCAAGUCUUGAUGUUGCGUUGCGCCGUAAGCUGUCGCAUGAAAUUCUCCAUCGGAAAAAGCGACAUUCAGUGACAGUGCUUUUGGAUUUAAAGGCCUUUUAUGAAAAUGUCCGACAUGAUAAUUUCGUCAAUCAGGCCAUUUCCCUCAAAGUUCCGCCGUUGAUCCUGAAUGCAGCAAUGUCGCUAUACUCUGCUCAGCGCUUGAUCAGUGCUGAACACUGUGUCUCUGGUCCGAUCAAGCCCACCAAGGGCUUAGUUGCGGGCUGCCCAUUUGCGCCUGGCCUCAGCAAGAUCCCUUUUGACGAGAUCCUGCGCCCGGCAUGGGUUUCUGGCCUUGCCAAAACCAUUGAUCUUUACAUUGACGACACUAGCUUUGACACUGAGGCUGGUAACCCCCACACAGCAGCGCGCCGGGCGGUGCAAUUGUAUAAGGCUGUGGUAGGAGGUUUGACAGCUGCUGGCCUCCCAGUCAGCCUGGGCAAGACAGCUUUUGUAUGCUCGUCUCCAAAAGUUGAAGCUGCCCUUAAAGAGUAUCUUCCUGAAUCUGAUCAAAUCAAGAAUGCCGCGAAGGACCUGGGGAUUGAUUGUACGGCUGGGCGUGGAAGGCGCAUUCCGUUCCACCGUAAAAGGUUUGGGAAGGGCGUUAAGCGCAAGGCUAGGCUCUCGACCCUGCGUGUGAAAUCGAUGCCAGCUAGGGUCAGAGCCCUGAGGGCGGGGGUCCAAACUGUGGGCCUCUAUGGCCAUGAGGCAGUUGGGCUUGCGCCAAAGCGUAUGCAUUGGUUGCGUGCUUCCUUCGCACAUGAAUUGGGGCGAAUGUCUUUGGGCUCGGUUGACCUCACCAUUGACCAUGCGUGCCCUAAGCGGCCGGACCCGGCCUUUAUUAUCAUUUCCCAGCAUUUCAAGGCCAUUCACAGGCUUCUGGGCUUCAUUCCCGAUAGCCAAAGGCAGCACUUUGAUGAUGUCUUGCCGGGUAUGUGGCUUGAGUACUCACAGGUGGAGUACCCCUGGAAGCGCGCUGCAGGGCCGGUUGGGGCCCUCCUAUGCUACCUGCUUGACUUGGGUUGGACCCCGGUCAGUGCGGACACUUGGAAAUGCCCUGAACAACCGCACAGCGUCACCACCAAGGUAGGCAUGCACCACCUCCUUUGCUCCCUUUCUAAGGAAACAGAUAGGUGGAGGCUCGCACGUAUAGCCCAGCACGACAUGCUUGAACCUCUGAGUGUGGGAAUUGAUUGGGCCCCCCUCAGAAAGCUUAGGAAUAAGAUGGCAGGCCAGGAGAGGUCAGGACUCAUGGCUGUUUGGCAAGGAGCAAUUCGUGCUGAUCCUUGUGCCACUUGCCUGAGGUGCGGCUGUGCUGCUACCAUGCAACAUGUCUUAUGGGAGUGUGACUGGUGGCAAACCAACCUCCCGGAACCGGCUUCCUCUCCUAGAUUUCGGCAAGAGUGGCCCAUUUCGUCACUGUGGGCCAGGGGCCUUCUGCCGAUUUCGCCUUACCCUGAUGACGGGGAAUGGGUACGAACUACUGGUGCCUGGUGUGAUGGCCAGAUCAUUUGUGGCGAGGCGAUAUACUUUGCUACUGAUGGCUCCCCGGGGAAAUCCAAGGACCCCAGGUUCCAUCGGUAUACCUGGGCUGCGAUUGCCUUUAAGCUUGAAGGGGAUGAGCCCGUCACGAUCGCGACAGCUGUCGGCUCACUGCAAUCUCCGCUAUCGGUGUUCCGGGCGGAGGCAGCGGCUGUCAAGUUUGUAGCUGAGCAUAGUGAAGGGAACGCAGACCUCACCUUGGAUUGCAAGGGCAUCCUGCCCAGAGUGAAUGGUACACCUUCCAUCCAGUCUGCCGACCUCUUCGACCCCAUUCGACUGCAUGCACAGAGACUCAGCCUUAACUGGGUAUCCUCGCAUUUAACGGAAGAACAAUUCCGAGCAAAGUUUGGUGCUAACCAACUUUGGAGGCGACGUGCUAACGAAAUUGUGGACCAGCUUGUUGGCACGGCUGCAGAAGCUCGUAGGGACCUGAACUUUGAAUCCCAAAUUAAAAAGCGUGAUGCAGUUGCCAUUCAGGUUAACACCUUACUGGCCAGGAGAGCUGCAGCUCUCCUGUCGUAUGACAAGGACCAAGGACCGCUGGUUCAGUGGCCUGACAAAGAGCAACGAAAGCGGAGAAGGGUGGAACCGCAGGAUGAGCAAGCCCCUGAGCCUGGGCCACAACAAGUGCAACCCCCUGAGCCCUUGGUGGAUAACCAGGCUCAGGGGAGGAGGAAUCCUGGAGUUGUGCUUCGGGAAAAUCCUCAGCUCGAGCAGCACAAUCCUGUGCACCGCCCCCCAGCCGUGGUGGCAAACCAGGCUGAGAGGGAUGAACCUCCUGGAAUUGUCCUUCGGGAGAAUCCCCAUGCACCUGGGGCUGGUCCGGUUAUGGGUGCCCCAGACCAGGACAGCUGCUCUGAAGAAAGUGAAGAGGAGCCAAUGGUGCCUGAUCCCAUUGUGCAUCCCGAGCCUCCUCCAGCACCGCCAGCUGCGCCUAUGUUGCCUGCCCCGUUGAACUUUGACGAUAUGGAUCAAGAAGCGGGCGCAGCCUUUGCUAUUGCUGAGAGGGCUCGCAAGCCAGGACUGGUGGCUUUCAAAUCCGAUCUGGGCUAUCCUGGUGUUUUCCAGGCCCUACCCAAGGACCUGAUCCACGUGUGGUUCAACGACACGGGGGACAGCACUGCGGCGUAUAUCCACAAUGGAAGAACCAGAUUCGGAUAUGACGCUGGUGGGGGCUACGUCUUGAAGGUUGGGACGAAGCAGGCCUUUGGUGAUGAGGUGGCGAUUUCGGCCUUGCUGCCUAAGGUGGCAGCCACCAUCAUUGGGGCUGGAUCUACGACACUGCAGGUGCUGCUCUCUGGGCGACCAUGGGAGUUCAGGUCCCAUUUGGUGGCGUGGUCGAUGGUGGAAAAAAUCGAGCUCCUCACGGAUUAUGGUUCUCGGAACCAGAUCCACCCUCAGUGGUCCUUGUAUGCCUUCGCCCUCCUUUUGCAAUUGAGCCGUCAUUUUGCUCUUCGUGAUGUGUCAAAAACCAACCUGGGAAUUAAGCCAGGACUCGGUGCUGCGACGCCCAUGUUGUGUUUUUUCGACCUCGCGGAUUGGCACUUCGAAGGGCUUAAUGCUGGAAGGUGGAUUCCCAAGUAUAGCUUGCGCAGUUUCGUCGAGACCCUUCGAUGUGUCUGUGACGUUACGCCACUGGAGCCGUAUCUCCGCAGGCAGGCGGUGGUCCCUUGCCUCAACGAGAUUAUUGCAGGUCUCCCCGCUGCGCUCAAGGCAAACUUGGAAAUCCAAAUGGUCCUCAUGGACGGCCAACUUUCUGAUUGGGCUCACCUUGCUGCAUUGGCUAACCAAUAA